GCGUCCGGAGGGAGGCGACAGCGGCGGAGGAGGGGGCGUCUCAGAACAAGGGAGGGAGGGAGCCACUCGGGUGAAGAGACAGCAGCUUCCUGAGUUCCCCCCUCCCACCCAGGCCGGGACCCGGGGGCUCUGGUCGGAUCCAUGGGGGCGGCGAGCUGCGAGGAUGAGGAGCUGGAAUUUAAGCUGGUGUUCGGGGAGGAGAAGGAGGCCCCCCCGCUGAGCGCGGGGGGGUCGGGGGAAGAACCUGACCCAGAGGAUGCCUCGCCAUGCUGUCGUUUGGCCCUGGGGGAGCCGCCUCCCUACGGCGCUGCCCCUAUUGGCAUCCCUCGGCCUCCGCCCCCUCGGCCCGGCAUGCACUCCCCUCCGCCGCGCCCGGCCCCGUCACCUGGCACCUGGGAGAGCCAGCCCGCUAGGUCGGUGAGGCUCGGGGGGCCGGGCUCGGGGGCCGGGGGUGCGGGGGGCGGCCGAGUGCUGGAGUGUCCAAGCAUCCGCAUCACCUCCAUCUCCCCCACGCCCGACCCGCCGGCCCCGUUGGAGGACAACCCCGACGCCUGGGGAGACGGCUCCCCCAGGGAUUACCCGCCCCCCGACGGCUUUGGGGGCUACCGAGAGGCUGGGGCCCAGGGCAGCGGUGCCUUCUUCAGCCCGAGUCCCGGCAGCAGCAGCUUGUCGUCGUGGAGUUUCUUCUCCGACGCCUCUGAUGAGGCGGCCCUUUACGCGGCCUGCGACGAAGUGGAGUCUGAGCUUAACGAGGCGGCCUCACGCUUCGGCCUGGGCUCUCCGCUGCCUUCACCUCGGGCCUCCCCUAGGCCCUGGACCCCCGAGGAUCCCUGGAGCCUGUAUGGCCCCAGCCCUGGAGGUCGCGGGCCGGAGGACAGCUGGCUACUGCUCAGCGCUCCGGGGCCCACCCCAACCUCACCACGGCCUGCCUCCCCCUGUGGCAAGCGGCGCUAUUCCAGCUCUGGCACCCCAUCUUCAGCAUCCCCGGCUCUGUCCCGCCGGGGCAGCUUGGGGGAGGAGGGCCCUGAGCCAGCUCCGCCACCCCCUUUGCCUGUGGCCCGAGACCCUGGCUCCCCUGGUCCCUUUGACUACAUGGGGGCCCCGCCAGCUGAGAGCAUUCCGCAGAAGACAAGGCGGACUUCCAGCGAGCAGGCGGUGGCUCUGCCUCGGCCUGAGGAGUCAGCUGCGUGCAACGGGAAGCUGCCAUCUGGAGCAGAGGAGGCCGUGGCUACCCCUGGGGGUUCCCGGAAGGAGGUAGCUGGCAUGGACUACUUGGCGGUGCCCUCCCCACUGGCAUGGUCCAAGGCCCGAAUUGGGGGACACAGCCCCAUCUUCAGGACCUCUGCACUGCCCCCUCUGGACUGGCCCCUACCCAGCCAAUAUGAGCAGCUGGAGCUGAGGAUCGAGGUGCAGCCCAGAGCCCACCACCGGGCCCAUUAUGAAACAGAGGGCAGUCGUGGAGCUGUCAAAGCAGCCCCAGGUGGCCACCCUGUGGUCAAGCUCCUAGGCUACAGCGAGAAGCCCCUGACACUACAGAUGUUCAUUGGCACAGCAGAUGAAAGGAACCUGCGGCCUCAUGCCUUCUAUCAGGUGCACCGCAUCACGGGCAAGAUGGUGGCCACAGCCAGCUAUGAGGCUGUCGUCAGUGGUACCAAGGUGCUGGAGAUGACGCUGCUCCCCGAGAACAAUAUGGCAGCCAACAUCGACUGUGCUGGGAUCUUGAAGCUGCGGAAUUCAGACAUUGAGUUACGGAAGGGUGAGACAGACAUCGGGCGCAAAAACACCCGAGUACGGCUGGUGUUCCGGGUACACGUGCCUCAGGGCGGCGGGAAAGUGGUCUCCGUGCAGGCAGCAUCAGUGCCCAUCGAGUGCUCCCAGCGCUCAGCCCAGGAACUGCCCCAGGUGGAGGCCUACAGUCCUAGUGCCUGCUCCGUGAGAGGAGGUGAGGAGCUCGUACUGACUGGCUCCAACUUCCUGCCAGACUCCAAGGUGGUGUUCAUUGAGAGGGGCCCAGAUGGAAAGCUGCAAUGGGAGGAGGAGGCCACCGUGAACCGGCUGCAGAGCAAUGAGCUGACCUUGACCCUGACCGUCCCAGAGUACAGCAACAAGCGGGUGUCCCGGCCAGUCCAGGUCUACUUCUACGUCUCCAAUGGGAGAAGGAAGCGCAGCCCUACACAGAGCUUCAAGUUCCUGCCCGUGAUCUUCAAGGAGGAGCCCCUGCCAGAUGCGUCUCUCCGAGGAUUCCCUUCUGCACCGGGCCCCCCCUUUGGCACUGACAUGGACUUCUCACCUCCCAGGCCCCCCUACCCCUCCUAUUCCCACGAAGACCCUGCCUAUGAAACUCCUUACGUGUCGGAAGGCUUUGGCUAUGGCACGCCCCCUCUGUAUCCCCAGACGGGGCCCCCACCAUCCUACAGACCAGGUCUGCGGAUGUUCCCUGAGACUGCGGGUACCACAGGCUGUGCCCGUCCCCCAACAGUCUCCUUCCUUCCCCGUCCCUUCCCCAGUGACCCGUAUGGAGGGCGCGGCUCCUCUUUCUCCCUGGGUCUUCCAUUCCCUUCUGUAGCCCCUUUUCGACCUCCACUACCUUCCUCCCCACCACUUGAAGGCCCCUUCCCUCCUCAAAGUGGUGUCCAUCCCCCACCUGCUGAGGGGUACGAUGAGGUAGGGCCAGGCUAUGGGCCUGGGGAGGGGGCUCCGGAGCAGGACAAAUCCAGGGGUGGCUACAGCAGCGGCUUCCGAGACAGUGCCCCUGUCCAGGGCAUCACGCUGGAGGAAGUGAGUGAGAUCAUUGGCCGAGACCUGAGUGGCUUCCCUGCGCCUCCUGGAGACGAACCUCCUGCCUGAA